CAAUGGGGCGGCGGGAGCUGCUUACGCCUUUGAUGCCAUGCCACACUGCACCACCGACAGCCUGUCGCGUUGUUAGCCUGGGAGAUGGAGUGGCAUUGGAGCGCGUACCCCCAUGGCGAAUGCGCCGCCGAAGUCAUUGAGAAUGACCCACGGGCACGGAUCUCUUGUGUGGUCCAUCGCGAAGUGUGUGGGAAAAGAGAAGCAAGCACGACGGGAGCGCGGACGGGCGUGGCAAGGACGGAUGGGAUGCUGUGGGCGGGUUGCUGGUGUUGAGUGAUGCGCUCAACUUUUCUCGAGCGACCCUGGCCGCUGACGCCAAUCCAAUUGAAUCGGGGCCGCGGCACGUGACAGUCGGCCGGGACCGGGCCGACAUCAUUGCUUCCACCGCGACGACUGCUCGUCGCAUGCCCCGACUUGCUGCACCGCCAUGUCAACACUUGCCCAAUCCAUGUCUUGUGUUCCAUGUACGUGCAUGCGGCUUGGUUAUCCCAGCUCCACGACUCAGCUCAGCGCGAAUGCGGGCCUGGACGCUAUCACGAUGCAGGCUCUUAGGGGAAGGUGAACACCGGCGAUAUAGCAACAGGUCCAGUGUGAAGCCGUAUAGUAACCCAGUUCGCUCCAGCACUGACUGUUAUACAUACGACUGGCAAAGGCCUCGGCUUGCACUCGGUGUUCAUGUCGCCGCGAAUGGCAGGCCGUGCAGCCUGCUUUCAUCAAUGCGAGACCAAAGUUGGACUUCUGUCACUUCGGGUGCGUACUCAACGCCACGACCAGUCGAGCCACGCCUCGUUGACUGGGUCUGGACUCAGGCAGCGCUCCGGGCGGCCACUCACGUGUAUCUUGCGCAAGAGAGAGGAAGACUUGGUGGUGAGAACGCCAAGCAGGUGAGAGACGGUGAGCUCCCCUGCCAUGAGACCAAGGCGAACGUGAACAUCCGCAACUCGCACUCACCUGUCCUUGCCAUCUCGAUCUUCAUGGCCCCUCUCAUUUCUUUUGUCCCACUUUCCUGCACGUAUGACUCCUCCACACAUGUCACACUACAUGUUUACGUUCCUCUUGUACAGUCCUCCAUAGCCGUCUCUGCACAGUAGCUCAACACAGUGGUCGAGACGGCACCCAGUUUGACGGACUGCCAUUCGUUGUUGGCCGGGUGCAGCCUUGGCGCUUUCUAUCGUUUGCUUCGACUGCUUCACCACGACUUCAGCGACGCUUCU